AUGACUACUCAUACUGGAAAUGGAGUAAACAACCACAAUCAUGUUGAACCUACUGAAGUAGAUCCUUUAAGAGAAGAAGAUCCAGGUGACAGUGAAAAAAAAGAACUGAGUUUUCGUGACAAGGUUUACAAUGUAUUGAGAAAUAUAACUGUGGAACCAUGUAUUUUCUUGAUAGUAACUGGAACUAUAAUCACCAAUUUGGCAUCCCAAAAUCUCGCCUUAGAAAAGGCAUGUAGAGUGAAUUUAAAUUUCUCUGCGGAAAUUUGUGAUUCUUUGAGACUACAAGAUGGUAUCGCUCAUAAUAGUUAUGAAAGAGAAACACAAAUAUUGUUAACGAGUGCUCUUGCGUGGAGAACCUAUUUGACGGCAACGUUGCCUUGCUUACUUGCUCUUUUUGUGGGUUCUUUUUCUGAUAUAACAGGAUACAGGAAACUUUUCAUUAUUGUUCCAAUCAUUGGACAAUUACUUUCUGGUGUUAACAAUAUAUUUAACGUGUACUUCUUCUAUCAGAUGAAUUUAGAAAUGUUGAUCUUCUCCGACGCGAUCAUUGAAGGAUUGACUGGAGGGUGGUGUAUUUGUUUUUUGACAGCUUUUGCGUAUGUUAGUGCUAUUACUACAAUACAAGAUAGAACAUUUAGAAUAGGUCUAGUAGGUUUUUGCAUAACUUUUGGACUGCCUAUUGGAGUGGGACUAAGUGGAAUUUUAUUAAGGUUGGUGGGAUUCUACGGUGUGUUUGGAAUAUCUAUCUCCUUACAUGCUCUCAAUGUAUUAUAUUCAAUUUUUGUGCUUAAAGACCCAAAGAGAAAUCCUGAACAAACAGAACAUGCCAGUCGAGGAUGUUGUCAUUUAAUCCGUAUUUUCUUCAAUUUUACAAACGUGAAAGAAACCAUUCGUGUGAUAGUAAGAAAAGCACCUAAUAACAGAAGACUACGUUUGUGUGUUCUUUUAGGUGUGGUUACUGUAAUUUUUGGACCGAUGCAGGGUGAAUUAUCCAUUUUGUAUUUGUCUGUAAGAUUCAGAUUUCAAUGGGAUGAAAUACAAUUCAGCUUAUUCCAGACUUACAACUUAAUCAUAAAUUCUAUUGGAACGACGUUCACAAUUUUGGUGCUCGCCAAACAUCUCGGUUGGCAUGAUUCUCUACUGGGAAUUAUAUCAUCAUUAAGUAAAAUAGCCGCUUCGUUUGUCUACGGGUUUGCUCAAACUGGUGCCAUAUUUUACUUAGGACCGGUAAUUGAUAUAAUGAAUGGGACUGCACUAUUUGCUAUGCGGGCAAUAAUGUCUAAGCUGGUGGAAGUAGAGGAACUAGGUAAACUAAGCUCCGUUGUUGGAAUGGUGGAGAACCUGAUGCCUUUACUAUAUGUGCCAAUGUAUACGAGGGUGUAUGCAGCAACGUUGGACGUUCUACCGGGGGCCGUGUUCCUGUUAGGAGCACUAUUAACGAUCCCUUGUAUUGCUGUGCUCUGUUAUCUGUUCUACGAGCACAGAAAGCAAGUUGGAAAAUUAAAAUCACCUCCUAUUGAGCUCGAAUAA